AAGAAAGGGAUCACCGGUUAGCUCCCCCUAUUUCGAGACAGGCUGUCAAGCCAGUGUCGCUGUUUACGAAGCUGAUGGAGAUUUGCCGGUAGAUUACAGUAAGAAAUAUCUCGAUAAUGACGCAUCGGCCAAACAAAGGUCCAAUAUGAAAAACAAAUCGGCCACAAGGGAUAAGGAAUUUUCGGAGAGGAAUGAAAAUUUAUUCGGGGAUUAUGCAGAAACCGAUUUGGAUCAACCGACUGACUAUAGCCUACGAUAUGCCGAGGAUGAUACAGACGAUGAGGAGAACGAGGGUAGACAGUAUUUCAAUGCAGGAACAGAGCAAGAGGAUACUAUCAAAACAUAUUGCACUGAAGGGACUCCUUAUGAGACUCCAUUCAAUUUUUCUACAGCUACUUCCAUGUCAGAUCUGCGCCUGGAGGAUCUUAAAGACGGGGAAACAUCGAAAAAAUUGGUUAAAAAUAUUCACGGAACAAUUCAAGAGUUUAAUGAAUGCAGUAAUCACGUGGAAUCGGAGGAAGUGUCGCAAAAGAUGCCUGAUUCGGCUAAGAAUGAUGAUUCUGACAUAGUGAUAUUAGAUACAAGUAGUGUACAGUCGCCUAAAGUGACUUAUUAUUACGAUGAGCAAGCAUCUGGUGGUGUUUCUAGAGCCAAUUCAUUGAAUUCGUUGGAGAGUGGAGCAGUGGUAACGAAAAACCAACUUUUAUUAACCAAUGACAACUCUGACAAAUCCAAUAGUGUCAAUGGAAAGGAUGAAAAAUUCAUCGAGAUCAAAGAAGAACCUGAUGACACUGAACAAGUGGAGAUUCAGCAAGAAAAAUCUAUUGAUAAGGAAUCAAAAGUAGUUACAUUUGGUGGUGAGGAUUACUAUGCCGAGGAGACACCACUCAUGUUUUCAAGAUGCAGUUCCCUCGGUUCACUCAGUGGAUUCGAGCAGCAUUCGAUUCAUGACGAUAGGAGUUCCAUAAUUAGCGACUUUAGUAGAUUAACCAGUGGCGCAGUAUCGCCGAGUGAGCUUCCAGAUUCGCCGACCCAGACCAUUCCACCGAGUCCUAAGAAUAAUAGUAGUAAUCACAACAAUAGUAGUAAUAAUAGUAAUAAUAAUAAUAAUAAUAUUAAUAAUAAUAGUAAUAAUAAUAAUAAAAGUAAUAAUAGCAAGAAUUCAUCGGAGGAACGUCCUCUACGAUUACCUUCGUUGCCAAAAUAUGCACAUCAGAGAGGGAAAAAUAGUGUAUUCGAGGACGAUACAGCGGCCUUCAAAGAGGAAUCCACUCCGAUUGAAUUUUCAGCUGCUACUAGUUUGAGUUCUUUGACCAUCGAUGACGAGCCUAAACUGCCAGAAGCACUGAAGCGUGCACUUACCUUCCCCAGCGAAGCAAACAAUGUUUCAAUAUUGCAUGAUCAAUUGGAAUCUAAAGGAAAUUUCAAGGGCCUUCAAACGGCUGUUAAUGACAAAGAUCAUGAACAAGUGAGCGACUGCGACGGAGAGGACGACGAAGAUAUUUUAGCGGCUUGCAUCAACAUGGGAAUACAAAAUAACAGAUAUAGAGAGAAUUUUAAAAAAGCAGAGUCGCCGAAAUCGUAUCCAACAUCAGUGACGAAUUUAAUUCGUUAUCAAACUAGUUCGACACUGGAUAGACUCGAUUCGGCUGUUUGUCAGGGGAGGAAUGCUGCUGCAUCGACGAUGAAAACAAAAUUAGCUCUUGACGUACCUAUAAUAACGUCGGAUACAAUGCAUAUUUAUUGUACAGAAGACACACCUGCUGAUAUUUCGCCAGUGGGCUCUCAAUCCAAUCUUUCGGCAUUAUCAAUGCCUAGUAUAUUAGAAGACUCGGAAAAACCCGAAGAACUGCGAGAAUCUCUCAACGAUUUGUCCGAUGUCAGUUCAAACUCAUCUGGCGAUGAUGAAAAAAUUCUUGACGAGUGCAUACAGUCAGGAAUGUCGAAACCCAUGAGCCCCAGUAUAGUUCUCACUGGCCAGAAAUGUGAGGGUUUCUUAUCAUCAACAUUGCACGAGAGUCGCCAGCCUCGUCAACGGAUGAUCAUCGGUCAAGAUCAGGAGUCCAAUAAUUCCUCGGAUGAGAGUCCCAAUCAAUCCGAUGACGAUGCUAUUCUCGCUGAGUGCAUAGAGUCUGCCAUGCCUAAAGCUAAAUUAAAUAUUCUCUCUUCCAAGCCGUCAACGUCGAGACAAUCGGAAAAACUUGAAAAAACUUUUGAAACCACUCCACGAAACAACAAUAUCCAGGAGGAAUUGAAAUCACCCCAGUCAGAAGCAAGUUCAAGUCUUUCUGAGGAGGAAGAGGAGAUGAUAUUGGCUCAGUGCAUUCGAUCGGGAAUGCCUAAGGCCCCCAUCUCGAUCAAAGAUUUCUCUUCCAUCAUACCGAACGAUUCUAGACGUAUAUACAAUGUAACAUUAUCACCGAACUAUUCGCCGGGACACAUGUCUCGAAGAAAGGAUCUUAUUCCACACGGUGCUAGAGAUGAAAUGUCUGACUUUGUUACUGAAGAUACUCCUUGUAAUUUCUCAGUUGUUUCAGGGAUUAGUAGUUUAUCUAUCAAUUCUACGCUUGAUUAAAAUUAUCAACUUAUUGAAAACCUAUUACUCUAGUAUUCAACAAAGGAUGGCUGAUAGGACGAAGGACUAUGUGACCUAGAAUAUAGGUAUCCAAUUUAAAAUAUACUGUGAUUUAAAUUCAUCAAAAUAUUGGUUGAAAUAUUAUUUCGUUGACUUUUGACAAUUGUGCUCAUUAAAAAGUAUCAUGUGUUCCUCUGGUACUUUUAGUUUCAAAUAUUUCAGUGGAUCAAAAUGUAAGAAAUGAUAAUUCCUACA